AUGGCCGACCGCGAGCGUGCUGCCGGCCAGAGGUCCGACCUCACGUCCGCGAACAGCACCAACGGCACCCAGCCUACCUCGUCAUUGUCCGCCGUCGGCGGUCUUGCCUUUCUUCCCAGCCUCUUCGGAAGGCGAGCAUCGUCCAAAGCGGCCGCUACCGCACACCUCGAUGGUCGCAAAGCGUCGGCAAGUAGCGCCGUCACGCGCGAGAGCUUCGAUGAGACUCGUGUCGGAAUCACAUCGCCGCUUAGCGGCACGGUGAUGCUGCCCUCCACCAGCAGCACCGGCUCAGCUCCCACACUCUCGACAACCACCACCACCACCACAGCCACAGGACAGUUUGACAUUGCGUCGGCGCUGUCCCUUAUGCAACAAGGAGGGACAAAAUCCACGGCGGAGCUCGUCGAGAUUGUCAAGGCGACGUCGGUACAUCUCGCCAACGGACUGUUGGACAAUUCAACGUCAGCCGGUAACGCUCCACCACUCUGCGACCUCGAUCUCAAACCCGCCGACGUGCGCACGCUCUAUGAUCGUGCCAUGAACUUUGCUGCCCCGUCCUCUGACUAUUCCCUACGCACAGCCGCUAUCCGUUUGCUGGCAGUGCUCCUUGGUCUUGCUCCACCUCGCGAAUCGGUCCGCGACGACAACCCGGCCGACCUGCCGGCGAACGUCACACCACGGACCAUCUACAAGCUCAUCACGGCCCCCAGUGGCGGUACCUCUGGUGCGGCGUACACGAACCAGAUGUAUGUCGAGGUCGGUGCGCUUAAAGCCCUUACCCGCGAUGGCGCGAGUGUUGAGGGAAUGGACGGCAUUGUUGGGUGGCUGCUCCGGUCGCUGGGCGAGCUCACACCGGACUGGCUCUCAUGGGCGUCCCUCCACGGCGACGCUUCCGCGGGUGACCUCGACGGCCGUGAGACGCCGUUUGGUCCCAUCAAGAGUGCCACACCAGCAGCAACCGCCGAGGCCAUCAUCGACCUCGUGUCCGCCAUUGUUCACCACCGUACGGCCCUGUUUGGUCCAGCGGACCUGACCCACAUUGUGCGUCCGAUUGUCGAGUUUCUCUGGCAAGGGAUCCUCGCAUCGGCCACGCCGGCACCCACCCCUACCCCCUCGUCUGCGCACAGCACUAUCGGACGGAGUGGUCCACACACUAACCCCAACUCGCCGGCGUCUGUGCGUCGUACAGACUCUACAUCUGUGCGCCGUGCUACCAGUUUGACUGUGGGUCGUGUCGAGGCAUUCCCUACCAUGACAAAGAAGGACAAGGCGCCCUCAACGACCCCACACGACCCGGAACGUCAAGUCAAGUGGGGUCGUCCGUUCAUGUCACUGUGUGCCCUCGUCCACAUGUUGUUUGAGACGACUACCAUCAACGACGACUUGUUUGACGAGGUCUUUGAGCUGUUGUGCUUUGCGUUUGGCCAGGACGACCACGAUGCCAUGAUGGAGGUCGCGGACGGUACAGUUGGCGCAUACGAGCUCAUGCGUACCAUGCUCGGUGCCAAGAGCGGCCGUCGAGGAGAGCUCGCGCUACGCAAGGCACUCGAGGGCAAGCUUGUUGUCACCAAGAACGCUGCCCGCAAGACGAUCAGUGCCGAGCGCAAAGUCACCCGCGGAGCCGUCAUUAUUGCUCGUCUUUGCAUCGAGGACCACGAGUUUGUCUCACACUCCGGCAGCCUGUCGUUUUCGUUCACCAGCCUCACACCAUCGUUUGUGGCGGCCGAGUCAACAUCGCGGUACCCCGGAUCGGCUCGCGUUGCCGACUGGUCGAAAUGGGCCCCCGUCGACUCUGAAAUCCUCACACUCCUCGACGUCCACCUCAGCGCGCUGGAGGCUGGUACCGCUCCGGACAGCAGCACUGACGAUGCGUGGACCGAGGGUGAAGCUGCAUGCGAGAUUCUCGACGGCCUGUAUCCUCUUAUCCAGUCCAUGACGCCCGAUACCCCUCGUACCCUCCUGAAAAGCGACGACGAACCUCUCGCAGCAACAUUCGGAUCCAUCUUGUUACGCAUCCCCCGCGCGAUUGGUCGUUUGCAUUCUCGUCUGCACACGAGCAGCGCCUCAUCUCCCACAUCUGCGUCUGCCCCGGCCCCUUCAUUCUACCAUCCAAAAUACAUCGACUUGCUGCUCGAGCUCAGCGACCACGUCGACGAGGACAUUGCCAAUGCGGUGAUCGACUAUUAUCAGCGCGAAUGUCUCUGUCUGCCCUUUACGUCUGGAUGGAUCAAAAACAUCUGGCGCCUGCUCGAGGCAUUUGGGUCAUCGUAUGACUUGCCGGCGGCCCGAGUCCGCGUCUCGACUCUUCUCUACCAGGACGUCUACGCGUACGUUGACGACCUGCCCGAGCACCGCGCCCAGCUGGUGGACCAGGUCAUUGUGCCCUACCUCCAAAAGUGGCUCCCACUGGAGACUGACGAGGCUGUCCUCACGGAGGCCCUCGAUGUGCUUGUCAACGCGGCCGUUUCCGAGACCAUCCUUCGUGACGAAGAGGGACGCCGUUCUCGUGCACAGCACUCUCUGGACGACCAGGAAGCCGAGGAUGCCCUUAUCGAGCCCAGUCAGGAGCUGGUGGCCGCAGCUUCCGGAGGCAGCUUCACUGCCAUCCGCGAGCUCCUCACCAAGCUCGCGUACGAGGCCCCAUGCAAGUCGAACUCGCCCACUCCCGCACCGUCGAUGCCGACGUCGGCAGUGGCGUCGCCGGCCUCCCAGUCGCCUGCACUCCCCGAGGAGCGUGGUGGGCGUGAGCGCACGCGUGACCCGUCUGGUAUCCGCGGUCUGAUCCGCACCCUCUCUCCCAACCGUGAACCGUCGUCUGGUGCGGUCGGCAUGACGCAGCUGCUCUCUCCUCCGGCCGAAGACUACUUCGGCCCGGGUCCUGCAGGUCCUCACCAGCACCUGCGUAACAUGCAGCACACUGCGUGCAAGUCGCUGCACGGUGUCAAGUCGCUCAUUGCCAUCUUCACCCGUCUGGCCUUUUCAGCACCGCACCCGCUCGUCAACGGUCUGCGGCCGAUGCGCACUCCCGCGUCGUCGCGCUGCAUCACCAUUUACCGGGACCUGCUCGCACUUCUCUACCCCUUGUCCGAGCCUGGCCAGCCGCAGCGCCUGCCAUCCAAGUGCCCUCGCGCACGACUCUCCAUUCUCCAGUGGGCGAUGCGCCUGCGUGCCGACCGCAAGCACCGCGUUCUGUUCCGCGACGACAUUAACCGCUUUGUCGAGCCGUUUGCCAAGAUUCUCUUCCGCACGCGCAAGACUGAAGAAGAAGUUCGCGCCAGCAUGGAGCAAGAUGAGAACCGCCGCCGCGCACGCGAGACAGCCCGUCCUCCUGGAGGUAUCGCUGCGUCGAGCGCGUCGCGCGACGACGAACGUGGGCGCUCGGCGCGUGUUGGCGAGUCGUCGACCCGCAGUCGCUCUCGUUCCAAGGCUGCCGGGCCGGUGAUUCGGGCGUCCGCGAUAGUAGAGACAGCCCAGUACAACCCCUUGUGGUGUGUGCCCGAGACGCUCUCGUUUGAGACACCGCCCGACAACCAUCCCAGCGAGGGCCUGUUGACCUACGACCCCAACCACCCGUCGCUGCAGGGACGGGGCACGCCGUUUGUCGAGGGUGUUUGGCUCCCCGUGUCCGAGUAUGUGCGCAUGCUCAACGGCUUGUUGCGCUGGGAGCAGGACUGGGAGCUCAUCUCAUACGUCCUUGUCUUCCUCCCUCAGCAGCUCGGCAACAAGCACUUCUUCCACGGUAUCCGUGCCACCCGCGAGGUCAAGGGUUUGCUGCGCAUGUUGUGUGAUGGUAUCCUCGAGCCUGAUAACCGCUGGGAACGCCGGUUCCAGGUCCCGCCGUUUAUCAAGCGCACACACAUCAACUCGGCCGCCUACCAGUCCAUAUCGAUCCUCAUCUCGUAUCGAUCUGUCUUUGACCGCGGCGAGUGCGAGCGUAUCCUCCAGGCACUCGUGUUUGGUCUCGAGGGUAACGCCCUCUUGGCCAGGCCGUGUCUCCAGACUCUCACCGUCUGCAUCUACGAGAUGGAGACGUACGUCGCCAAGGUUAUUGGCUCGAUUCUCCAAAAGCUUCAACAGAUCCUGUCCACGCCUGCUGUGGCCGUCCACAUUCUCGAACUGCUCGUGGCGCUCGGUAACAGCAGCUUGUACCGCAACUUCACCGAGGACCAGUACCGUCUCGUCUUUGCGGUCGCCAUUGGAUAUAUUGCGGAACACAACGCGCGCACCGACCAGCCCAUCGACUUUAGCGGCAACCGUGACCAGUUCACCCUCUCACAGCACGUGAUCGGUCUGGCUUACCAUGCCAUCUACCUGUGGUUUAUGGCGCUCAAGGUCAUGCAGCGACCCCGUCAUGUCGGCGAGCUUGUGCGCGGCCUGUUGCACGCCAAGAGCCAGCGUGGUGCCAUUGACGAGCGUAUGGAAGUAUGCUUCGACUGGCUCGCGCGGUACACGUACGGAAACGCCGACCCCAAGCCCGCGACUUCGUUCCUCUCCGAAGUUGUCAUGCGCGACGGUGCUGAAGAACAGCCUGCAAAGGCCAUGUCGUGGCUCCUUGGCGGCGCCAUUGUCACGGUUACUUCGCACCAGCGUUCUGGCUGGGCGACAAUCGCUACCACGCGUGCCACCGGCUCCACCUCGGUGGUUUGCAAGCUCGAAAACGUCCCGCUCCUUGACCUGGGCGAGCCCAACGCCGACAUGGCGUCCCUCCCUGCCACCCUCAUGGCGAACCGCGAGCAGAUCCGCGAUGUCAACGAGACGCCUGCUCAGGAGGGAGACGAGGUGAAGGAGGUCGAGUCAAAGCGCUUCGAAGACCCAGACAAGGCAAAGGACCCGGCUGGUGCCAUUGUGGCUGUUCCCUCGAUCGCGGCGCCCGAAAAGGACACUUCCAUCUCUGGCUACGUCUGGUCCGGUGCCGCACCGUCCCAGCGUCGCAAGGACGUUAUCGUUGAGCCGUCAUACAUUGCUCUCCAGCUGCUGUCGUCGUACCCCAACGCCAUUCCCGAGAUCCCCCGCGGCCGCCUCAUCCCCAAGGAGCCCAGGUUUGACCGUGCCCUGCGCGUUUUCGAGACCACGGCCGUCAUCAACACGUUCAAGAUUGCCGUGCUGUACGUGGCUCCGGGUCAAAAGACCGAAACCGAGAUCUUGGGCAACCAAGGUGGCUCGCCAUUGUACCUCGACUUCCUUGCCGGGCUGGGCCGUGUCAUCCGUCUCAAGGGCCAGGUGGAUGUGUUCACCGGCGGCCUCGACCGCGAGAGCGACACGGACGGUCUGUACGCGUACGCGUGGUGGGACGACUUGGCGCAGAUGAUCUUCCACGCGCCGACGCUCAUGCCCAACCACCCCAACAACCCCGAGUACACCAACAAGAAGCGUCUGGUGGGCAACGACUAUGUCAAGAUUGUCUACAACGAAUCUGGAAAUGAUUUCAAGUUUGACACGAUCAAGACGGCGUUCAACUUUGUCAACAUUAUCAUCUCGCCCUAUGCCACCCGCGACGUCGCCGACGCGACGAGUCUGGUCCGCGCGGCCGACGCCGCCGACAACAAGCAGCCAGGCGGCGCGACGGGCUCGUGGGGCAACGUGGACGCCUGGGGCGGCGACUCCGAAGACUUCUUCAAAGUCACCCUCCAGCGCGCAGAUGGUAUCCCCGAGUUCUCGCCCAUUGGCGAAUACAAGCUCGUCUCGAAGCGCAACCUGCCCAUCUUGGUCCGCCAGAUUGCGCACUACGCCAACUCGAUGGCCAUGCGCUUCCAGCACACCAAGGGCGCGGCGGAUGUGGCCUCGGCAGAGUUCAUCACCAUUUGGCGCGCGCGGUACCGUGCUCUCCAGCGGUUGCGCGACAUGCUCCCAAAGCUCGAUAUCCCCGACCCGAACGACACACAGGCCACCGAGGAGACACUCAGAGACUUUACGCGCACUUUCUCGCCACCGGAACAGUAG